UUUCAUAGUUGUCAAGUUUUAAUUAAAAUCAUUAUCAGACUUUCGGUGUAUAACAUACAUGAAUAAUUAAACUGUACAAAAGUUUAAGUUCAAGUAAUUAUAUUAUUUUUGGAUAAGCCACAAAAAGGAAAUAUAAUGAAGACCACGUUACUUAAUCUUUGUAAAAUAGCUUUAUUUCUAUUAAUUUUAAUGACACUAUUUGAACAUGUAGUCGUCGCUUCUGAUGCACCUAGGAAAUUACAAAUAGGUGUUAAGAAAAGACCUGCAGAAUGCCCUAUGAAGAGCAGAAAAGGCGAUCUCCUGCAUAUGCAUUACACAGGUACAUUAGAUGAUGGCACGGAAUUCGAUAGUUCCAUUCCAAGGGGUAAUCCCCUUACCUUCACUCUUGGUUCUGGCCAAGUUAUUAAAGGUUGGGAUCAAGGACUGAUUGGUAUGUGUGAAGGAGAACAAAGGAAGUUAGUCAUUCCACCAGAAUUGGCUUAUGGAGAAGCUGGCGCUCCACCAAAAAUACCAAAAUCAGCAACAUUAACAUUCCAUGUGGAUCUCGUUAAAAUUGAGAGAAAAGACGAAUUGUAAUUUUUUAUCAAUAUAAAAUAUAUAUAUUUUAAUUUGA